GCUUAACACGUCAUCUCUCCGCGCCUCGUCCCUGCUGUGUUCUGUAAGGGGACACAAGUGAGGAGACAUGUGAAGAUUUUGUUUAUGGUUCUUUUUUAUAUCGGCAGUGUAAAUUGAAACGGUAUCCAGUGGAGACAUGUCUUCGGUCGUUUCACGAUGCAUCGGCGGGUUUUUCUCCCGACAGACCGCCGCGUCACGCUUGUUUUUGGGAGAAUGUAACCCUGCUGUGCAGAGUCCCUGGUUUUGUCCUGUGGCCACACUGAAGACAUCUGCACCACUCAGAGCAGAGCCAAAGAAGAAGAAGAAGGCGGAUCCGCGGAGGGAGAUGUUGUUGAGGGAGAGACUGAAGAAGAAGCUGAAGAAGUUGGAGAGGGUUCCGCCUGAGCUCAUCCCCAUAGAGGACUUCAUUACUCCCACUAAAUGUUUGGAUAAAACGAGAGAGCGCAUUCCUCCAACGCUGUCAUUUGAAGAAAGUGAGAGUCGAGCACUUCUUCUGAAAGAGUGGAGUCGAUACAAACAGAACCAGCACAUGGCUGAAGUAGAGGCCAUCGAACUCGCCCUGGAGGCCCAGAAGGAGGCGCUAGAGGAGCUAAAAAUGGAGUCUGAGGAGCUUUACCUGGCAGCACUGAAGCCAGAUCCACUUCUGCUUCCUUUCACUCAUGAAGGCCCUGCCUACACACCUCCAAUCCCCAAUUAUGAUGCUCCAGAUGGGAAGUAUAAUGACAUUACUAAAGUGUUCACACAAUGAAAGUCUGUGGGUGGUGCUUUUUUCUUUUUUUUCACUUUGAACAGAAUUGAUUGGGCUGGGAUGCUACUUUUUAUCAGUCUGUAAAAUCUGGCUUGAUGGAAACUUAGCACAUAGUUUCUUUGCUGAUUUGACUAGAAGGCAUUCUUACUCAUCACAAUUACUGUCAUAAUUACUCAUGAGUUGUUUUUUUUAUUCAAACCUCUACAACAAUGUUGAAAAUAAAAGGUUCUUUGUUUAAUUAAAGCA